CUUCACAAAAAGCCCGAUGAGAAGACGGGAGCGGAGCAGGCUACCAGCCGAGGGGGGUAGCCGAUACCCGGAGAGGUUUCUCGAUGCUCGUCGUCCGAAUUAUUAAAUCGUGACGGCAGCGAAUGAAAACCAAAAUAAAAGCAUCAUAGACCAUGGUGCUCUCACCCGGAGAAGGUCUUCCGUCGGGCCUGUGAGUGUCGGCAGGUUCGCCACCGCUGCCUCUUCGGGGGAUUCUGCUGUCUGAGUCCGUCCUGACCCGCGACACCGCCAGGCGAUGACAGCGGCUACAGCCACUCCGCAGGUGAUGAAAGACCGGCUGCUACAGGCCAUCGACGGCCAGAGCAAUAUAUGCAACAUGGUGGUAGUGAUGGAGGUGAUCUCCUUUUUGGAGAAAACUCCUAUCACCAAAGAGGCACUGGAGGAAACCCGUCUUGGCAAGCUCAUCAACGAUGUCCGGAAGAAAACCAAGAAUGAGGACCUUGCAAAAAGGGCCAAGAAGCUCCUGCGAAACUGGCAGAAGCUAAUUGAGCCAGGAAAGGGUGAGGUGUUGUCCAAAGGACACAGCGGUGCAUCAUGGUCUUCCAAUGGUGGUGCUCAUCCUUGCAUCUCCACUACAGCUGCCACCACACCAUCAAGUAAAACGGGUCCCGAGUUGAAGAACAGAAAUGACUUCAACAACUGUUCCUCCCCGAGGGUGGAGAAACCGAGCAACAGGAAACGUAAGGUUGACCAGAAGGAAGGACAGCUCUUACCAGCCAAGAUAUCCAAAACAACUCUUGUUGAUAAAAUGCAAAACUCCAAACAACUACCAACCAAUGGAAUUGGUGGUAGCUCUGACAUUUUUACAGAUACUCAUGCACAUCAGUCUUUGGAAAGGGAGAUUUCUGAGCCAUUGGACAAUGAAAGGCUAAAUAAAAUCCCAGUCAAUGCUGUAAAACCUCAUCCAAGUGCCCCAGGAUACGUCAAGCCUCCAAGCACGUCUUCUUUGCUAAAAGCAUCAGUUUUGCAGCAACAAGCCAGACAGGAGAAAGCUUUCUCUGGGGGGCAGUGUCGACCCAGAAGCCCACGCUGUUCCUUGCACAGUCCUCAGACUCCAAAGCAGGAAUCUGGUGUCAAACAGACUGCAUUACCAGCACAGGGUCUAUCUAGCCCCACUGCAAGGCAUGGGUCUGUGGACACCUCUGGGCUGGAGCCUUCCACUCAGCCUUUCACUGGUUGUGUUCAGGGUUUGCCCACAGGCUGUUUAGAUUUGGAUUCUCAAAGCAGGCCUCCCAGUACGUCUAUUCACAAGUCUUAUGCCUCCACCUGCAGUGAUGUGCUCAGUUUGGAAGAUGAUAGUCCAGUUAACAAUACAGAGAAAAGGAAAAGACAGAAAUAUAGGCCUAAGGACCACGUGAUGAAUUUAGAUGGACAGAGCGUAGAGGAUGACACUAAACCUGUCAGGUUAAAAGACAGGAGACUGACAUUUGACCCUGUAACAGGACAGAUAAAAUCCUCAUUACAGAAGGAGUCUUGCCAGGAGGGAGGGGUCAGACUGGGCCACAGACCUGAGUCUCAGUGGUCAGAACAGCCGAAGCAGAAUCCACUGGUCUCUCCCAGUCCCUUCCAGCAGACAGACUGGAAAGAGCUGUCGAGGAGCGAAAUCAUCCAGUCGUACCUUAGCCAGCAAAGCAACGUCCUGACAUCGUCAGGCACACACACCCCCAGUACACACUUUUUCAUGAACGAGUUCUUGAAAAAAGAGGAGCACCGAAGUACAGAUGUCAAGAAAACACAUGUGUUGGCACCAGAACUCCCAGCCAGGGAUUUACCAGGAGUUAGCAGAGAGGUCAUCAAUGAAGACUUGAACAGAUUACACAAGCAACACUGGUCUGGGGUUAACGGUUGCUAUGACACAAAGGGUGCUUGGUAUGACUGGACGGAGUGCAUCUCUUUAGACCUGCAUGGAGAUGAGAGCAGGUUGAACAUACUGCCGUACAUCUGUCUGGAUUGAAACUGAGGUAGCGUUUUUAAAUUGAAAGUUGAAAGCUGUCUUUAUCGUAUAGCGGAGCAACUCUGCGUGUGCGUGAAGGCACUUUAUUUCAGUGUACGCUGCUGUUUUGCAUCGUUGGUAAAAAUGGAAUCAGUGUGCUGCCUGCUUGCGUGUGUGUGUGUGGAGCACAAGGGGUGUAAUCAGUGUUUUUAGGAGUGUUUGAACAUUGACAGCACGAAGGAACAAGGCUAUGCAUUAUCUGGCCAUUUAGUUGUGGCUGUUCAGUAACUGUACAGAAUGAGGUACCAAUACCUGCCAUUCUUUGUAUGGAAAAGGACAACACAUGAAACUACACAGCUACAUUUUAUUAUAAGUACACAUACAAUGUGGAAUGUGACUUCACUUGAUUUUCUGCAUCCACGUACAUUUAAUCCACCGUGCAGUAUUAUUUAUUUUAUAUUUAAGUUACAUUUUUAGCAAAAGUAUUUUUUUUAAAACAUAAUCACCUAUCAAUAGAGUAGUAAGCUACAUAAUUGGAACAGAAGACCAACAGAUACGUCUCCCAAUAAGGUUUUGUUACACUCGUGAAUCUUGAAGGCUAUUUAGCUGUUAAAGCUGAAAUUAAUCUUCAAGUAGCUAUUACCAUUUGGUACUAACAACUAUACUGCUGUGAAAAAUGUUUAUCUUUAGAACAGAUGUGUACCCACUGAAAAACUGUCUCUUACAGCCUCUUUUACCAGAAACAUAACUGACAAAUCAGCUUUAAAACAAUUGAGUAUUGUUCUUGUGUUAGGUUUGAAUGCUGUUCAAUAAAGUGACAUUGAACUGCCAGAUGUGACUCUUCAGUUGGGGUGAGGGAAAGAAAUGCUGGUAUGAUGGUUGAAAAAUGCACGUUGAUAAAUAAAUGUGGCUGUCAUGUAUGAUAUUUAUUGCUAUUUACGUAUUCAUUUUAAGAUUUACAUGUUCAGUUACACAAACAUUUUUGUCUGAUUUGUUUUAUUCAGAAUUGGGUCAGUGACAGUCCAACCUUUUCCUGCUGAUGCGCCAAACCUACAUUACACAGGAAACUCCAAAAAGACACAUUCUGAUAAUGUGAACUUUAUUUUAUACUUGCCUUUUCCCUUUACUGUGUAUUUAAGAUGUAAAAUAUUAAUUGAAAUGGCAGGGCAAUUAACGCUAUAGCUUGCAUCUUUGUACUGUCAGGAAGAACUGAGAUAUAAAUUGACAUGCUGGAUAAAGUACUUAAUAUCAUUCCUGUAGAUAUUGUUUGCCUUAUGGAAACCUGUGUUUUCCCUAAAGACAGAGCCUUAGUGAAUGUACAGAAAUUAGCCUUUUGUGUUCCAUUGAAUGCAGAAGAGAACAUAUUUGCUACUUCGUCCUUUUAAGUGGACAUGUUAUGUGUUAAUAAAAAACAACCUG